AAGUGCUGUGUUACUUCCUGUAGUUUGACGCGCUGGAGCUCCGCUCGCAUGCAGCGUGAGGAGAUCCGGGAACGGAGCACCCGAGUAGGAGCGGCCGACAGCGGGACGUGGUUGUGGGUUUGCUUGCGGCUGUUGGGAGAAAAACUCAAGUUUUCAGAUGGCUUUAGCUCGAGAUCCAGGGGUGGGCCAGGAGCAGAGGGACGCGGCCGACCAGAACUUUGACUACAUGUUCAAGGUGCUGAUCAUCGGCAACAGCAGCGUGGGAAAGACCUCCUUCCUGUUCCGCUUCGCAGACGACUCCUUCACCUCGGCGUUCGUGAGCACAGUGGGCAUCGACUUUAAAGUCAAGACUGUUUAUAGGAACGACAAGAGGGUCAAACUCCAGAUCUGGGACACGGCAGGACAGGAGCGCUACAGGACCAUCACCACAGCCUACUACAGAGGAGCCAUGGGCUUCCUGCUCAUGUAUGACAUCACCAGUCAGGAGACGUUCUGCGCCGUUCAGGACUGGGCAACACAAAUCAAGACCUACUCAUGGGAAAGUGCUCAGGUGGUGCUGGUGGGCAACAAGCUGGACCUGGAGGAGGACAGACAAGUCCCAGCGGAGGACGGGCGAAGAGUGGCCCGAGAGCUGGGAUUCCAAUUCUUUGAGGCCAGCGCCAAAGACAACGUCAACGUGAAGCAGGUCUUCGACAAGCUGGUGGACGUCAUCUGUGAGAAGAUGAACGAGAGCGUCAACAGCGAGGCCAGCCCGGUGGUCAGCCAGAAGGGGGACGCUCUGAGCGAGAAGCCCGUCCCCAGUCCUGGAGGCUGUGCGUGCUGAUGCCAACAUCUACACGGAAAGUUUGCCAAAGCUGUUUAAUCCUCACGUUUUUUUUUCUUUGCUUCUUCGUCGCUGCGGGUCGACUGUUCCUCUGAGAUGCCAAAGAGCUUCACCUCUGCCUUUUUCUCACCGUCUCUGCUUUAGUGGCAUCCUGCUCAUCCAGGUCAGUGGGUCAGCAGCACCUGCUGCUGACGAGGACAGGAGCCAGAUAUCAGAGUGGCCUGGAGACUUGCAUAGGAUUUACUAGUGUCAGGCUGCCCCCUGGUGGCCUUUUUAUGAAAAUGCAUCACCGUGUUAAUGGAAACUUGUCAGUGUUGAGUUACUCUUAUCUGAGGAUGUUGCAUCAUUUUUGCACCAUGCAGGUUUGUUUUGUUGAAAGUAUGAUCUGAUCUGUCUGUAAUUUAUUUUUCCUUCACUUUGUAUAUUUAAUAAUUAAUGCUAAUUACAUAUUUCUCUGGUCGGGUUGUAAUUGUGCCUCUUAAGGUUGAGAUUUCAAGACAAAUUUGAACAGGCUGUCUGUUGGCCUUCAUUUACCCGGAGCUGUGGUCCGUUUCCUGGAUAAUGAUCCCUAAAACAAAUCUGUGGCGUCAAACUGGAGAUUUUAUUAGUUUGUUUUGUUCCAGUCAUAAAAUAAAAGGUGCGGCUCUCCGUAAGGAAUGUUUUCACCUGAACUACAACAAUAUUUAACGUGUGAUUUCACACAUUAUGGCAGGAAUCUGCAAAGAAUACCUCGACGUAUGACAUCAGCUUCUGUUUCUGUACUGACGAUGGAGAGUUGGUCGUUUUGUUCACCUGUUAAAUGUUGGAGCAGACCAAACAUUAACAGUUACAGAUGAAAUCCUUCCAGUGUUCGACAAAAUAUCUGGAAACAAACAUAAAAACCUUAAAAUAAAGAUAUCAUGAUCA